AUGGGGUCGGGGUCCAAGCAGUCCCAGUGUGAGCUCGUGUUCGCUGAUGACAUCUGCAGUUCCCAAAGGGAGCUUGUGGAGGAGGACGUGGAGCUCCCCUUCGAGGAGGUCCUGGAGAAAGCCAAGGCUGGGGACCCCAAGGCGCAGACAGAGGUGGGGAGGCGCUACCUGCAGCUGGCCAGCGAGGUGGACGAGGAGCUCAACAACUGCACGGCCGUGGGCUGGCUGGUCCUCGCAGCGAAGCAGGGCCGGCGCGAGGCUGUCCGACUGCUGCGCCGGUGCCUGGCGGACAGGAAAGGCAUCACCUCCGAGAACGAGCAGCAGGUGCAGGAGCUGACUUCAGAGACGGAGCUGGAGCGGGCAGUACGCAAGGCAGCCCUGGUCAUGUAUUGGAGGCUCAACCCCAAGAAGAAGAAGCAGGUGGCCGUGUCGGAGCUGCUGGAGAAUGUGGGCCAAGUUGACAGGCACGAUGGAGGAGUACAGCCAGGCCCCGUCCCCAAGUCCCUACAGAAGCAGAGGCGGAUGUUGGAGCGCCUGGUCAGCAGCGAGUCCAAAAACUACAUCGCGCUGGACGACUUCGUGGAGAUCACCAAGAAGUACGCUAAGGGCAUCAUCCCCAGCGGCCUGUGCCUGCAGGGCGAGGACGGGGAUGAGGAUGAGGAACUGGCCGGGAGGAGCCCCGAGGACCUGCCGCUGCACCUGAAGGUGGUCAAGUACCCCCUGCAUGCCGUCAUGGAGAUCAAGGAGUACCUUAUUGACGUGGCUUCCAAGGCAGGCAUGCACUGGCUGUCCACCAUCGUGCCCACCCACCAGCUCAACGCCCUGCUCUUCUUCUUCAUCAUCAGCAACCUGACCGUCGACUUCUUCGCCUUCUGCAUCCCCCUGGUGGUCUUCUACCUGUCCUUUGUCUCCAUGGUCAUCUGCACCCUCAAGGUGUUUCAGGACAGCAGGGCCUGGGAGAGCUUCCGCACGCUUACUGACCUGCUGCUGCGCUUCGAGCCCGGCCUGGACGUGGAGCAGGCCGAGGGCAACUUCGGCUGGAACCACCUGGAGCCCUACAUCCACUUCCUGCUGUCCGUCUUCUUUGUCAUCUUCUCCUUCCCUGUUGCCAGCAGGGACUGGGUGCCCUGCUCCGAGCUGGCCCUCGUGUCCAUCUUCUUCACCGUGACCAGUUACGCCAGCCUGGGCUCCUCAGCCGAACCCCACACCCGCCGGGCGCUGGCCACCGAGGUGGCGGCCGGCCUGCUGUCCCUGCUGCCUGCCCUGCCCUUCGACUGCCAGCCACUGAAGCUGCUCGGCCAGACCCUGUUCCGCGUGCCGCUGGGCCACCUGUUCGUGCUCAACGUCAGCGUGCCCUGCCUGCUCUAUCUGCACCUCUUCUACCGCUUCUUCCGCAUGGCGCAGCUCAGGCACUUCAAGGGCACCUACUGCUACCUGGUCCCCUACCUGGUCUGCUUCAUGUGGUGUGAGCUCUCGGUGGUGCUGCUGCUCCAGUCCACCGGCCUGGGGCUUGUGCGCGCCUCCAUCGGCUACUUCCUCUUCCUCUUCGCGCUCCCGGUGCUGGUGGUGGGCCUGGCCUUGAUGGGCCUGGUGCGCCUGGUGCGGUGGCUCGUGUCCCUGGAGCUGACCAAGGUGGCGGUCGCGGUGGUGGCGUGCGGCAUCCCGCUGCUGCUGCGCUGGGGGCCUGGGGCCCGCACCUCGUUGCUGGGUGCCCUGCGGUCACUGACGCGCAGCUCUGUGGUCAAGCUCAUCCUGGUCUGGGUCACGGCGGUGGUGCUGUUCUGCUGGUUCUACGUGUACCGGUCGGAGGGCAUGAAGGUUUACAACUCCACACUGACCUGGCCGCAAUACAGCGCCCUGUGCGGGCCGCGCGCCUGGCGGGAGACCAACAUGGCGCGUACGCAGAUCCUCUGCAGCCACCUGGAAGGCCACCGCGUCACCUGGACGGGCCGCUUCAAGUACGUGCGGGUGACGGAGAUCGACAACAGUGCGGAGGCGGCCAUCAACAUGCUGCCGUUCGCCGUGGGUGACUGGCUGCGCUGCCUGUAUGGCGAGGCCUACCCGCCCUGCAGCUCCGGCGGCGUCCCCACUGCCGAGCAGGAGCUCUGCCGCCUCAAGCUGCUGGCCAAGCACCCCUGCCACAUCAAGCGGUUCGACCGGUACAAGUUUGAGCUCACUGUCGGUGUGCUGCCUGGCGGCGCCGACGGCACACGCGGCGCCGAGGAGGACGACGUCACCAAGGACAUCGUGUUGCGCGCCAGCAGCGAGUUCCGCGCCGUGCUGCUCAGCCUGCGCCAGGGCAGCCUCGUCGAGUUCAGCACCGUGCUCGAGGGCCGCCUGGGCAGCAAGUGGCCCGUCUUCGAGCUCAAGGCCAUCAGCUGCCUCAACUGCGCGGCCCAGCCGUCACCAGCCCCGCGGCACGUCAAGCUCGAGCAGGACUGGCGCGGCACCGUGCACGGCGCCCUCAAGUUUGCCUUCGACUUCUUCUUCUUCCCGUUCCUGUCGGCCUCAUGA